ACAUGAGUAGUGCACUAAACCAUAAGAAAAACAAAACAUCUUUAGCUCCCUAAAAAGAAAGGCUCGCAAUAAUGGCUUCACCCUUGACAUCUACGCUCUACCGCCAGAGCAGCGGCAUGUAUGCCUCAACGCCACCUAAACACUAUGCCAUGGGUGGUGUGCAAAAUAAAAAUGAACGCAAUCGCCUGAUGGAGCUGCUACGUUCACCUAAUUUACUUACAUCACCAACUUUGGAACCCUCAUCGAAGGGGCUACUAAAUGGACCAGGACAAAAUAAUUGCUUCCUAAAUUGUGCUGUACAG